AUGGCGGCCACGAGCUCCACUGCGCUCUUCUUCCCCCAUCCCCUCUCCACCGCGAGCACAGCCUCCGCACGGGCUCACAGCAGCCGCCACCGGCCCACGCGCUCCGCCAUCAGAUGCUCCAGCGCCUCGCCCGACCUGUCGCCCGGCGCUCCGGCGCCCGCGCCGCCCAAGCCCCUAAUCGAGCUCGAGUUCCUCGCGCCGAAGCCGGGCGCCGACGGGUCGUACUCGGUGGACAGGGCGACGGCGGUCAGCGGCGACAAGCUCCUCCGGGACAUCAUGCUCGAGAACAAGCUCGAGAUGUACGCGGCAUACGGGAAGCUGAUGAACUGCGGCGGCACGGGCAGCUGCGGCACCUGCAUCGCCGAGAUAAUCGACGGGAAGGAGCUUCUGAACGAGAGGACGGCCACUGAGAAUCGCUACCUGAAGAAGAAACCGGAGUCGUGGAGGCUAACUUGCCAGACGAUCGUCGGAAACAAGGAGAACUCCGGCAAGGUUGUCGUCCAACGGCUGCCCCAGUGGAAGAAGUAAUAGCUGCUCAUUUGGUGUGCUGACAGCGUUUCAUCCAGUUCCAUGUACCUCCUGCUAUCGGGUGUUUGAGCAGACAAGUGAUGCUUUGCAAUGUGCACAAGAUCCUGAUAAGUUCGUUUUCUGGGUGUAUUCUCUCUCUGUUUUUUUGUC